GCAUUGGGUUUGUGAAAAGGACAAAUGGUGCUGGUGAUUCCUCCCUCAGUUCCUCCUCCAUAUUCAGUUAUUCACACUCCCAACAGACACAACAACAACAACACUGUCUCUUCAUUCACUCCAUUAAUCAACACUCACAAUUAAUCAAUACACUCACAAAUUAAUUAGGGUUCCUCUCUCCCUUUCUCUUCUUCUCCCUGCACAAUUCGCAUUACAUUGCAUAGUUUCCCCUUUACCAAUUACCAGUUCCCUUUCUGGAAGCAAAACCAUUCUGAAUGAAGGAGGAAGAAGAAGGAGAAAUUAGGGUUUGGAGUUCGUUGAAGUGACUCAAACCUAACCAAACCGAACCCAAUGGGUGUGGGAACAGGGAAGGUGAGGAGGUUUUUCAACCUGUUAUCGAACCUGCCUCUGUUACCGCAUCCUGAAAACAACGACAAGAGGAAGCAGCAUCAGCAUGUUUGUUGGAGAUCAACGACGACGAUGCAGUUUCAGCAGCGGAAGCCAAUUUCAUGGUCUGUGGUUUGCGGAUUGAUGCUGUUCGGGUUGGGUCUGAUUUCUCUUCUCACGGGUCACAUGGCUUCUGAUCUUGAAUGGUACUCCCAGCGAUUGGUCCAGCGAACUUUCUACUCCAGAACCGAUGGGAGUUAUCGUGCGCCGAUUGAUAUCUGGAAAUCACAAUAUGCUAAAUACUACUAUGGAUGCAGUGACAGGGGGCGCCAUUUUACUCCGGCUGUGCGUGAGCGGAUGUCAACUGGCUACUUGCUUAUUGCAACUAGUGGAGGAUUGAAUCAACAAAGAACUGGGAUAACAGAUGCAGUUGUUGUUGCACGAAUUCUAAAUGCUACACUAGUCGUACCUGAGUUGGAUCAUCAUUCUUUUUGGAAGGAUGACAGUGACUUUAUCAAUGUUUUCGAUGUUGAUUGGUUCAUUUCAUAUCUCGCAAAAGAUGUUACUAUUGUCAAAAGAGUUCCUGAUAAGGUCAUGCGGUCAAUGGAGAAACCCCCAUAUACGAUGCGUGUCCCAAGGAAAUCAGAGCCUGAUUAUUAUCUUGAUCAAGUUUUGCCAAUACUUUUGAGACGACAGGUUGUGCAGUUGACCAAGUUUGACUAUAGACUUGCAAGUAACCUUGAUGAUGAGCUACAGAAACUACGUUGCCGUGUUAAUUUUCAUGCUUUGAGAUUUACAAAACCUAUACAAGAACUUGGUGAAAAACUUGUUGUCAGAAUGCGAAAGAUGGCAAACCGUUUUAUAGCAGUCCAUUUGAGGUUUGAACCAGAUAUGCUAGCAUUUUCAGGCUGUUAUUUUGGUGGGGGAGAAAAAGAAAGACAUGAGCUUGGUGAAAUCAGAAAAAGGUGGACAACGUUACCUGAUUUAAGCCCAGAUGGAGAACGGAAGCGAGGCAAAUGUCCUCUUACUCCUCAUGAAGUAGGUUUGAUGCUGAGGGCACUUGGUUUUAGAAAUGACACAUACCUCUAUGUUGCAUCAGGAGAAAUAUAUGGUGGGGAUGAGACUAUGCAGCCUCUGAAAGAUCUUUUCCCUAACAUGUAUACAAAGGAGAUGCUUGCUAACGAAGAGCUGAAACCUUUCCUUCAAUUCUCAUCCCGCCUUGCUGCUGUUGACUACAUUGUUUGUGAUGAAAGUGAUGUAUUUAUCACUAACAACAAUGGUAACAUGGCCAAGAUUCUUGCAGGUCGAAGGAGAUAUAUGGGUCACAAAAGAACAAUUAGGCCAAAUGCAAAGAAGCUCAGCACACUGUUCAUGGGAAGGCAUCAGAUGGAGUGGGAUACCUUCGCGAGAAAGGUUAAGGCAUGCCAAAGAGGAUUUAUGGGAGAGCCAGAUGAGAUGAGACCGGGACGAGGUGAAUUUCAUGAAUAUCCAAACUCUUGCAUAUGUGAGAGACCAUAUGUGGAUGAAGAAGAACGCUAUACAAACAUGGAUACUGUCUCCCUAAACACGUUGCAAUAAUUACGAGUGUCUCACAGCAAAAGCUGAAUCCCACGUUCAAUGAGCCAACACAUGAUCAAGUAAGUGACUUUGGACCAGGGGUGGGGGGAAAAUACUAGAGCUCCCUAGCCUGUAAACGCUAUCGGGAAGGUCAAAUUGGAACUGAAAUGCUCGGGCAAUGGCUCCAUUUCCACACUCGAUUUGUAUUUGUAAAUCAUCGAGGGUCCAGUUCACAUGUGAGUGGCUCAGUUUAGGUCCUAGAGAUAUUAACGCGUUGCAAAAUGUUAAUAGAUAUAAAGUGGUUUGUGAAUUGUAUUUAAGUUCUUUAGAAGUAAUGUUGUCGUGGGACAAAAUUGAGUUCCAUGAUUUUGCC